CGGGCUGAGCGGCGGCGUCAGCACCCCGAGGCUGGGGCUCUCUGAGCCGGGUUCCCUGGGCUGUGCCUUGAGCUGAGGGGGAAAUAGAUGGGAAUGCUUUAACUCGUGUAUCGCCGGGUAUUUCAGGUCCCAGCGGCUGCGUGGCCUUAACAGUCUUCCCGGCUGAUCAACAGCUUUACACAUCCACGCAGUUUCACAGCUGAGGGGAAGGACAGAAAUUCUGACUUCCCUUUGCGCGUAGGGGAAGCUUGCAAUGGAGAUUUACUACUUCCGUGACUUACCUACAAAUGGAUGUCCACGGCAGGAUAAGAGAAGUUCUUGCUGAGACUAUACGUGAAGAGUUAGCACCUGAGCAUCAGCAGUUAUCCACAGAAGAUCUGAUAAAAGCCUUAAGACAACGAGGAAUCAUUGAUGAUGUUAUGAAGGAACUUAAAUUUGUAACUGAUGUGAAUGAAAAGGAGAGGACUUCAGCUCCAAAACCAUCAACACAUUUUGUUGCCAGAGAACCACCAGUUUUGAAAAGAACUAACAUUGACCCAACACGGAGGUAUCUUUACCUUCAGGUUUUGGGUGGAAAAGCUUUUCUGGAGCAUCUUCAGGAACCGGAGCCUCUGCCUGGCCAAAUCUGUUCUACCUUCACUCUGUGUUUACAUUUUCGAAAUCAGCGCUUCCGUUCUAAACCUGUACCCUGUGCCUGCGAGCCAGAUUUUCAUGAUGGUUUUUUACUUGAAGUACACAAGGGUAGCCUAGGUGAUGGAAGUAAAAUGGUGGAUGCAACCACUAUGUUAUCUAUAUGUGAUCCAGUGCAUAUGGUUCUGAUCAAAACAGACACAUUUGGUGAGACAACGCUAGUAGCAUCCUAUUUCUUGGAGUGGCGAUCUGUCUUGGCUGCAGAGAAUGGCAUAACAAACGUUGCUGUUGAACUCCUGGGUGUGGGUACAGAAUCAAAGGUUUCUGUUGGUGUUUUAAACAUCAGACUGGAAAUGUAUCCACAGCUUAAUAAGACACUGUCUCCGGAAAUAACUAAUACUCAAUUUGCUUUGGAACGUCAGAAAACAGCAGAAAAAGAACGGUUAUUUCUUGUGUAUGCUAAGCAAUGGUGGAGAGAAUACCUACAGAUUAGGCCUACACACAACGUAAGGCUGGUAAAGAUUUUUGCACAGGAUGAAAAUGGAGUAAACCGUCCAGUAUGUUCAUAUAUCAGACCACUUCGAGCAGGCCGGUUACUAGACACACCAAGACAAGCAGCACGAUUUGUCAGUGUCCUGGGUUAUGAAAGAGCUCCUGUCAUCGGAGGAGGUGGUGGCAAACAAGAACAGUGGUGCACCCUUCUUGCUUUUUUAUGUAGAAACCAGGGUGACUGUGAAGAUCAUGCUAACCUUCUGUGCAGUCUUCUUCUUGGAUUUGGAUUGGAAGCCUUUGUGUGCGUUGGAACAAAAGCAAAAGGAGUCCCCCACACUUGGGUAAUGACUUGUGGAACUGAUGGAACAAUUACUUUUUGGGAGAGCUUAACAGGACAUAGGUACAUCCACAGACCUAUCAACCCUGAUGACCCUCCACUAGUUGAACAACCCAAGCCACUGUAUCCUUACCGCACAAUAGGUUGUAUCUUCAACCACCAAAAGUUCUUUGGAAAUUGUCAGCCCUCUGAUGCUGUGGAGGUCUGUGUGUUUGACCUGCAUGAUGAAUCUAAAUGGAAACCAAUGAGUGGAGAAGCAAUAAAAUCUGUAUGUUCCCCUGGAACAACGUCUUCAGUUCCCCCUUUUCCUCCUCUGUGUGCUUCCACAAUAGAUGCUGCGGUAACAAGCAAUGAGAUAGAAUUGCAGCUGAGAAUAUUGGUCUCUGAACACAGAAAGGAUCUUGGCCUUUCCACUGUUUGGGAUGACCAUCUAUCCUAUCUGUUGUCACCAGCAUUAGCAGCCUAUGAGCUCGAACGUACAACAAGUCUAUCUGCAGGAAACGAAGAGUUUCAAGAUGCUGUAAGAAGAGCGGUACCUGAUGGCCACACUUUUAAAGGGUUUCCUAUCCAUUUUGUAUACAGAAAUGCCAGGAGAGCAUUUGCCACAUGUCUUCGGUCUCCUUUUUGUGAAGAAAUAAUCUGUUGUAGGGGAGACCAAGUGCGCCUUGCAGUUCGUGUACGAGUGUUUGCGUACCCUGAAUCUGCAUGUGCUGUUUGGAUCAUGUUUGCUUGUAAAUACCGCUCUGUCCUUUGAAAAAAACCAAAAUCGUUCAGACCCUUUUAGAUCUGCAAAAUAAUAUAUGUGGGUAUAAAAUUAUGCAAUUAAAAACUAAUAUCGUAUUUUAUAUAAAUGCCAGUGAUUUUGAAUACCACAGUGUGUGUAUUGAAGAGGAUUGUGUACACAGUAAUGAUUGUAUUUAUAAAGAUAAUUUAGUCUUAUUUUUAAUAAAGGUUACUUUUAAUACCUA